GUGAGUUAACGUUUCACUGGCACUGGGCAAGUCUCCUACAUUGUUCCCUCAGUAGUCCGAGGAGUGACAAGGGAACUCUCUGAGCAGGACUCCGUCACUGGCUAAUCCAAGAUGCUUCCAACGCCGUAUUUGAUGGCCCUGGCUCUUCUGAUUGGUAGAGCUGUUGGAGAGGGAUGGGAGGACCGGAUUGGAGCAAUGGGGGAUAAGGUCCUGGAGGUACCAGAGGGAACUGAAGUACCAUAUCCAAUCUUUCAGUUUAAAUCAGCCCAACCUGAGGUGAUGUCAUAUCAAGUGACGGGCCAAACCAGUGGAAAAAUUUCCAUUUCCAAAGAAGGCUGGCUAUACCUGGUGGAGCCGUUAAAUUGGGCAGAGGAAUCCACCCACAAUUUACAGAUUGAAGCCCACGGAGAAAUUGACACGGAGAUAGUGGAUGGACCAUACUCAGUGACCAUAAACGUAAAGGAUAUCAACAACCACCCCCCGGUCUUCUCCCUGGUGGAAUACCACGGUGAAGUGAUGGAGCGGACUUCAGCUGGUGAACCUUUUAUGAGAGUUUCUGCGACCGAUCUGGACAACCCUGACACGCCCAAUGCCAAGCUAAGCUAUAGCAUUGUGAACCAAAUCCCAGACCGACUCAAAAAGCCUCUUUUCCAGAUCAACAGUGUAACUGGGGAAAUCUCCAUCACUCCAGACGGAGAGGAGCAUCUGAGUGCCAAAGAAAGUAUUCUGUAUGGAAUGCAAGUGGACCCAGAAGGCAGUGUGGAAAACUUGAAGAAAAAAUUCGCAGAGUACUGCACUCCCAUCAAGGAAAUGUCCUACGAACUGAAUCCUUUCUUCACCUGUGUUGAGAGAUCAGAAUCUAAGAGGAUGAACCCGGCGGAUGAACCUGACUACAUCCUGAUAGUCAGGGUCCAGGAUCUGGAGGGGGCAUCGGAGAAUGCAUUCAGUGCAAACGCCAAAGUGACUGUUGUGGUGAAGCAAAACUUGUGGCGUAGCCCAGGUCCCGUAACGAUUCGCGAGAACCUGGAGGCUGAAUACCCAAUGAAAAUUGCUCAGGUUCAGUCAAACAGUCCUGGAGCACUUUAUAAACUGGGCCAGAAGGAGAGAUUCCCCAAGUUCCCUUUCUCUAUAAAUGAAGGAGGUGAAAUAUUUGUCACUGAGUCUUUGGACAGAGAGGAGAAAGAUACGUAUGUGCUGGUGGUGUUUGCCCAAGAUGGGGAGGGCACUGACUUGGAAAAACCCAUGGAAAUCCCAGUCAUCGUGGAGGAUGUCAAUGACAACCCACCAAUGUGUGAGAAGGAGGAAAGUGUGCUUGAGGUUCAGGAAAAUGAGGCAAUGGGGAGCCAGAUUGGAGCCCUGGGUGCUUAUGACCUUGAUGAAGAAAUAAACUCUUUGCUCAGCUACCAGCUUUUGACACAACAGCCCAUCCCUUCUUCUGGCUCCAUGUUCAAUGUUGACGGACUGAGUGGGACCAUUCAGAUUAGAAACACCCUACCCAAGAGGAAGGAAAUCCCAGAGUACCGCCUCACAGUCAAGAUCUCUGAUCAAGCAGGAGCAGCAACAGGUUUAAGCAACGAAUGCAAGAUGGUCAUCAAGGUUAUCGAUAUCAAUAACGAGAUCCCUGUGUUUGAGAAAAAUGACUACGGAACAACGACAACUCCUGAGGACACACCCCCAGGUACCGUUCUACUCUCUGUCCUGGCCACGGAUGCUGAUGACCCUGGGACUGGAAGUUCCAAGGUGGAAUACCACAUCACAGACGGGGACCAAGAUGGGAUGUUCGCCAUUGAUGCAGAGGGAAACAUCUAUGUUGCUAAGCCCCUAGAUUUUGAAAGCAAAUCCACUUUCCGUCUACGAAUCGAUGCCAAAAAUCCUGAACCCCUUGUGCCAGGAGUGGAGUAUGACUCCAACUCGACUGCAUUCGUCAGCAUUGAGGUCACCGGUGUUGACGAGCUCCCAGAGUUUGACACAGACAUCUUUGAGGUGAGCGUUCCAGAGAACGCUACAGUCGGAGCGCCGAUUGUCAAAAUGGAUGCCAAGGAUCCAGAGGGUAAAGAAAUCAGAUACAAACUGGAAGGAGAUGAACAUAACUGGUUGGAGAUCAAUGCAGAGACAGGGCAGAUAAAGACCAAAGCCAAACUGGACCAUGAGGAGGUGGCAGUGAUCAGCGUCAAAGUCACCGCUUAUGAAAAGGAAUCACCGGAGAGAGCGGUACAGAAGGAUGUCACUGUCCGGAUCCUGGACGUGAACGACAACGUUCCCAAGCUCACAGAAAACCAGGCCUUUAUUUGCAGAAAGAAAAUCACGCCAGUUUUCCUGUAUGCCGAAGACAGGGACAGCCCUCCUUUCGGCAAACCGUUCACCUUCGUUAUAGCCCAGCCCAAGAAGUUCCUCAACUGGCAAAUCGAAACAGUCGACGACACUUCUGCCAAACUGGUUUUGAAAAAGGCACCAGAUGAUGAAAAAACAUUCAUUCUCCCCAUAAAUGUGAAAGACAAUGCAGGUGUGGGAGUGUCUAACAAGUUUGAGGUGCGAGUGUGUAACUGCACAGAGCUGGGCUACUGCUACAUGCAGCCUGAGGCCCACGCGUGGAAGUACGGCAUGCCCACAACGGUGGCAAUCCUGGCAGGAACCUUCGGAUUCAUCGCUGUGAUUCUGAUCGUCGUCGUACACAGGUCUAAUAAGAACAAACAGAAGAGAAAGGCCAAGGAGGCUGAUGACACUGAUGCCAUGUUGUAAAUGCCAGUAUCACAUUUUUAUAUUACAAGCAUGUAGGCAACAGAAUCUCUUCAGCAACUACAUAUGUUUUAAUAAAUAAUAACAUUUAUGUAAUGAUUUAACUCUAGUGCCUGUCAAUACAUUUAGAAUCCCUCUAAUUUGUAUUUUUCAUGCAUAUUUCAUGAAAAAUAUGAGUAACUUAUUUGUCUCCAUUUUAUUUAGCUGUCUUGUGUCUAUUUUUGUCUCCAUUCUACAAGGCUAUGUGCCCAAGAAUUAACUGAAAAAAGCAAGUCAUUUCAAUAGAUGAAUGAUUAAAGACAAGUUUGAGAUGAUAAAAUUCUUACUUAGAAGGUAAAAAAGGAAGAUAGCUUAUAUUGUUAUUCAUUGGACUAUCAAAGUCAUGGCUAGGUGCAUUGUUUAUAUUUAUACAUUAAUAAUUGUCAAUAUUGUAGCUGUUCAAAAAAAAAAACAUUCUUUCUGAGCUUUUCUCAUACUUCUGUUGACCUUGGCUCAGUCAUGAAUUUGACAGUUUACAACGUGUUCAUAUUUCUAGUAGUUGUUCUCCCUUUUUAAAUAACAAAACUUUUUCUGUGUUGCUGCACUCUUGCUUCUUUAACCACGCCCCUUUGUGAAUAUACAAAAAUCACAGCACUCACCACUGCAACGAUCGCAGACACAUAAUGUUAAAAUGAGGACCAUCUGGUUAGUAUUUAGACUGUCUGUUAAAGCAGUAAUUUGUGUAUUGUUGCUUCAGUGUCCAGUAACAUCACUAGACUGGUCAAAGCAAUGAGACAGAAAUGAAGGUUAUUUUCUGAAUAAAUCAAAUGGAGAAAUUGCCAGCACUACGGUACCUCUACAGAAAAAUGGCAUCACAUUAUGAUGUGAGGUGGUACAUUUAGAACUUGCACUGCUGGAAGGUCUUUUAAACAAUACUGUAACCAAGAAAAGGCCACAUAGAGUUACCAAAUACUUUUAUUCAGAUUUUCACUCUCAGACAAUGGCUGGCUCGUUGCUCUCAAUAUAUAAAAUACAACUUGUGGUAGCUACUGUAAAAUCAGACUUCCUAAUGGGCAUUGAGCCAGCUUAAAAACUACGUCAAGACAGCUAAACUAUAUCCAGCUGGUCAACUGGGUAUAUAUGAUUAGAAACACAAACCGUUAAGUUUCAUAAGGUUUAUGUACUUCUUUUGGUUGCACAUACCUGUAUUUCAGCUACUUCAAAGAACUUGUAACAAUUAGUGAACUAAUUACUUUCUGUUAGUGUGUCUCCACUGUUUUUGUGUUUUUUGGGGGGAUGUGUGACUUGCACUGUCUAGUUCAUAAUUUCUGUGAAUAGAGUAACACCUUUGCUGUGCAAUGGUCCAUAUUACUGGUGUGUAACUGUGAGCUGUUUCUUGGAUUAAAACAUGACCAAUAAAGUGGAAGUUAAACCUAAAAAAGUA